AUGGAUUCCGGAUAAACUCCGACAGAUCGCACUGAACACGCUUUCGCGUCUGCGCAAGAAUAUAAAGACGCCCUAGACGCAUUAAGAAAGCACACCGGCGCUGAGCGAAGUAAGCCUCAGCGAACAUUAGAAGCAGAACCGGAAGAUUCUCAUCAAGAAGAGCAAGAGUAUUUAGAUGAGCUUCUGGUGCCGGAGCCAUGGGAACUGAAUAAUACAGCUAGGGCAGCUAUGGAGUUACUAUUCUUCAACCGUGUGCCCAAGGUCGGGAGUCAGACCUUCAUGGAGUUGCUCAGGCGACUAGCUAUAAGGAAUCAGUUUGAGACAAUCCGUCUAGCGCCCGCUGACCAGCAGAUGUUGGUGAGCCUGGUAGCCGCGCAUACGCCACCCGCUUCCUACAUCAAACAUGUCUGCUAUACUAAUUUUACCAGAUUUGGGUAUCCUUCUCCUAUCUACGUGAAUGUCGUGAGAGAUCCUGUUGAACGAGUGAUUUCAUGGUAUUACUACGUCAGAGCUCCUUGGUACUACGUCGAGAGGAAACGCGCCUUUCCAGAUUUACCUCUGCCAGAUCCAUCGUGGCUUAAAAAAGAUUUCGAGACAUGUGUACUAAGCGGUGAUCGGGAGUGCCGCUACAUCGAGGGAGAGACACACGAAGGUAUCGGUGACCAUCGCCGGCAAACGCUAUUCUUCUGUGGCCACGAGCCUCAGUGCACGCCAUUUAAUAGUGUGGAAGCUCUGCAGCGUGCUAAGCGAGUGGUAGAAGAACAAUACGCGGUGGUGGAAGAACUCAACACUUUCAACAGAAUCAAUCGGAACGCAUUCAAGCCCCCCGUAUCCGAAGCAGUUAAGCAAAUAGUUCGUGCGAAUUUCACGAGAGAGAUCGAGUUUUACGAGUUCUGUAAGCAACGACUGCACAUACAGCUGCGAGCAUUAAGAGACCCAGCGUUAACACUUCCCACUACCACCACGCUCAGGAGGCGAAGAGCGCAAAGGAGACUCGGUAGACUUUAG